AUGGCUGCCUCCCUCCACCUCGCCGCCAUCCUCGCGCUGUCCCUCUUGGCCGCCGGCGCCACCGCCAACAGCGGCUACACCACACCAUCACCGCCACCGCCGCCGGCGCCGGCGGCGCAGAGCAGCAGGGUGCUGGUGAGGGUGGAGGGCCAGGUGUACUGCCAGAGCUGCGCGCACCGGAACUCGUGGAGCCUCGGCGGCGACACGCCGCUGCCGGGGGCGAAGGUGUCCGUCACCUGCCGCGACGCCAAGAACCGCGUCGUGUGGUGGCGGCUGGCCGUCGCCGACCGGAGCGGCUACUUCCUCGCGGAGUUCGACGUCACCGAGGUCUCCGGCUUCUUCGAGGGCGACCCGCGCAGGGCCUGCUACGCGCGGCUGCUGGCGUCGCCGGACUGCGGCUGCAACGAGCUCACCAACAUCAACCUGGGCAUCGAGGGCGCGCCGCUCCGCGACGAGGGGAAGCGGUGGGCCGGCCAGGGGUACGAGAAUGUCGUCUACGCCGCCGGCCCGCUCGCCUUCCGGCCGAGCAAGUGCCCGCCCAAGCACCCCUUCUAG